GGCGCCAUCUUUUUAUCUUCAACAACACGAUCAGACCCCUUGCUGGUUGCCUGGUUCUCUGAGAGUCUAGGGAAAGAGGAGUUUUCGUUUCGUCUUUCUUUCCUGUUUCUUCCUUCUGGAGUAGUUCGAGGACAAAUGGCAAAAAGUUACUUCAAGCAAGAGCAUGACCUUGAGAAGAGGCGUGCUGAGGCUGCUAGGAUUAGGGAAAAAUAUCCAGACAGGAUUCCGGUGAUUGUGGAGAAGGCUGAAAGAAGUGACAUACCAAACAUUGAUAAGAAAAAGUACCUGGUUCCUGCUGACUUGACGGUGGGACAAUUUGUGUAUGUAAUCCGGAAGAGAAUAAAAUUGAGUGCAGAAAAGGCAAUUUUCAUUUUUGUAGAUAACGUCCUCCCACCUACAGGUGCAAUAAUGUCGACAAUAUAUGAUGAAAAGAAGGACGAAGAUGGAUUUCUCUAUGUUACUUACAGUGGGGAAAACACAUUUGGGGACCAGAAUCUGCUGUAGCCCACGUCUAUUAUUGCCUUGCUUUGUCAUUAUCAUCCUCGUAUCAUUUCAUCUCAUGCCUCUGUUAAUAAUAAUUCCAGUUUACAGGGAUCUCAACAGUGGUAAGUUGUACAGUCAUAAUUUGUACAUAGCUUCCAGGGAUCAUCAGUACGACAUGAGAAUUACUCCUUCAUGCCCUAAAUAAUAAUUCAUUACUCUGCAAUUAUUUCACUUUCUAAUGAAUUUCUGGAAGAUGAAAUGUUGAACAAUUAAAACUUGCUAUCAAUCGCUAGCUCUUGGUCCGUUUUUCUGUUGA